AUGCAAAUGGCACUCGUGUGGACGCACACUUGGAAUCUGGGCUGCAAACCAUCUCCAGCAAGUGUGAAGGAGGAGCUCCGUGUCAUUGAUAUGACUCGCCACUGCAUCGAGAAAGCAGAGCAAAAAGAUCAUUUAGAUUUUGCAGUUAACUGCCAUUCCACGCCGCUCAGUCACUAAUAGCUCUUUUAUUCUUCGGCCUCUUUACCGCUACAGUGUCCGUCACUGUCUGACGCUUGAAGUUUUACUUUGUGAGUCGUUCCCCCACGCCAACGCCACUCCUCUACUGGACAUCAGAGAAUAACCUCAGAGAUUAGUCCGCAAGCGUCCGCCCGAAAUGUUCACACCCAUGGAUUCAUUAUUAGGCACUGCUUGAUGUAGAGAGCUCCUCUUGUGAGCGUCUGCUUUGAUUUGUUAUCGAGACAAGCGAAGAAAGGUGCCGUCUUGGGCUCUUCCUUGGCUUCGAUCGACAAGAGAGGAGAGGAGUCACCUUCGCGUGCUUCUUCUCUGGUUUUUUAUCGGGACGAGCGGAGAAAGGUGCUGUCUUUAUGGCUCCACGGUGAGAUAAGGGAAGAAAAGAGCCACCUUGGGCUCUUCCGUGGCCUCUGUUGUAGUUUCCGAUAGAGAAGAGAGAAGAAAGGAGUCAGCUUUGGUGUCUUGGGAGUUAUGUCCGGCGAGGCGGAGAAUUGUGGCUCCGUUCUUUUCCUGGGGCUGCCGGACGACGUACUGGCGCUCAUCUCCGCCCGCCUCCGCCCCCGCGACCUCUGCGCGCUCGGCCUAUGCUGCCGUGGCCUCCACGUCGCCGUCGCGGCCUCCGAGAAGGCCUGGCUCGCGCAGUGCCUUCGCCUCGGCCCCCCGCCCCACCUCCUUCCCCGGUGGCGCAGGGGCGUCCGCUCCUACGGCGCCCUCUGCCGCUUCCUCGCAGCCGUUGCGCCGCUCCUCGGCAUAUGGGUGCACCAGAAUCCGGAGCUCGGCAACGUCGUCUGCGUCGUGUGGGGCUUCCUCUCCGUCGUCGGCGUCCGCGUCAUCCCCCAGGAGCUCGGGUAUCUGGGCCUAGACGCCGGGCCUCUCCUCUGGGCGCCGGUUUUCGAGAUCCUCGCCGACGCCAAUGGCUCGCCCUCUCGCUUCUUCCUCCAUGGCCGAGACUGCGGCGAGGACUGCCUCCACCCGGGCUCCGUUCGAUCCAUCGACUCCUCUUGCAACGUCCUCUUCCUGGAGGCCGAUUCCCGUCCCCAAGAUUCCGCCUUUCCUCCAAGACCGCUCCAUUUGCCCCCCGCCCGGAGCUUCUCUUCCGUUUCUGGAUCGAAGGAUCCAGAUUUGGCAAGAAAAUAUUCCCGGUCCCGCACCACUGUCGCCUCCCGUUCCUCGGUCGCGCCGCCUCCGCCUUCUUCUUCCCCAUCCUUCACCCGAUUGCCGUUCAGCGACCGCCGCCGGCUUCUAGAACUGGUGGCGGCCAGAAUCCGCCUCAAGGUCCCCCGGGAUCUGGCCGCUGCUCCUCUCUUUGAACGUUCUUCCUUCUGCGAUGAUGCCAAUCUCUUGGCUAAUCGAAGGUUGGAGCUCAUCGAAAUGCUCAAACUUAGCGGAGGGUGGAUCGAUCGGAUGGCGGCAGAGUUAGCAUUGAGCUUGACGGAGCAUCGGAACGCUGCAAGCAGCAACGCCGUCGACCACCGGACGAGAACUGCCACUGACAAAAGAAGAGCCUUCUCCUCCGUGGCCGGGUACUUGAAACAAUUCAUGGGCAGGUCUACCUCUCCUAACGUUCCCUGUUCGAUUUCAAGAAACGGGAAUCCUGUGGGCGGCGGCAAGAACAAGCACGCGCAGCUCCACGAGUUCUUGAGGUCAGGCGACGUGAUCGGGCUGAGCUUAAGAGCAACCCACAUGAGGGUAACCACGUACAGGGCGUGGCCAAACAUGCACGACAGCAGGUUUGCGCUGUACAAGCUCCCAUUGCAGGCCCCAAUGGCGUGCCAGGAGCACGCAGGCCUGUGGGGCGGCACCUUUGGCUGGCCACCGGGACAGCCCUCCGAGGGCAAAUCAGGGAAGGCCUUGUUCUUCUUGUUGCUUUCUUAUGAGGAGGUCAACGGCCACCCCCUUCUCAUUGCCACCAAGAUACUGGAAGGAACCCACUAUGUCCUCCAUCCCAAUGGCUCCGCAAUGUUCAUUGUGAAAAUGGAUGAGACCACAUCAGAGCCAUUCCCAUGGGAGACCGACGGUGAAUCUCUUCAGGUGGAAGUGAAAGCUAGUCACUCAGGGGAGGGGAUCGCGAAUGGUUACGGUUUCCGAUACCCAGGAUCCAAGCCUGGCUCACUGUUUGUGUUACAGAAUGGACUGUUGGCAUUUGUGUGGAAGGAGUCCCAGUCCAUCUUGACCUUGCAGAGGGUGGACUUGCAGGAGCUGCUAAAGAAAGGAGAAAGAGUGCCGGUGCUGCCACCAAUCGCAAACUUUGUCUAUCUUACAAAGUCUUACUCUAACGUUUUCACAGGCUUCCCUAUCAACUCAGAAAAAAAAAUAAAACAUGCUACUGGAUGACUGGACUUUUUUUGGAGAAGAAAGCACCGGAGAUAGCUGUUCGAUAAAUUUUUCAUGAAAUCUUUGUGUGAUAAACCAUGUAAAAUCCAAAAGUUUAUAUGAGAUAUCAUCCUGUGUUACACAAGUGAAAUCCUUGAAAGCGAAAGACUUGUGAGUAUUCUCAAGAAUUAAUCAGUAUAUGGAUGAUGGACAUUGUUCUGAGUAUUAUGAGGCCUGAAAGAGUCAAAGUGGCAUGUGGCGGAAAUAGCUUGGUAUGCUUGUGACAGAACGACAAGUCAUGGACACUUUGGAAGAUGUGGGAAUUAAAUAGGCAGAAGUUGAGAACGACGGCAAACAAAAUGAGGCAUAAGAAGAGGCCUAAAUGGAAAUCUGUAAAUUUCCUUGUGAAAGCAAGUCUACUUAACAAUUUCAGCAUAGGAUGCUGUCAUCGGUAUAUAUAGAUGAUACCGCUGAUACCUGUUUUAGAAUUAUGAUGAUGCUUGAAAGAGUCUAACUACCAUGUUGUGAGAUUAGCUUGUUAUCCUUGUGGAAGGAUAGUCUGAUGAAAUUCUAAAGAUGCAGUAUCGAUGAGAAAAAUGACAAAGAAAGUAGUAUUGUUUGAAACCUAAGAAGCAGCCUCACAGCUUGAAGUGUCUGCACUCUUUAUUGAUCUGUUUGUAAAAGUUACACUUAACAGUUCGAUACUUCUUUGAGAUGACUUAGUGCGAGCAUCUGGUGACGCCGGGAGAAUCUCAUGGUACAACAAGUGGGGAAGCUGGUAAUAUUUGCACAUGAAUAAUAUUUCAUACACAUGAGAAGCAACAAGUAGAAGGAGAAACAUAUUAUGAGAAGAAUUCUGUACUCUCUGAAAGAGAAUUUCCAACGUGAACUCCAAUAACUAAUCCAGCAAGACCUCCAGGUUUGGACAAUAGAAGACGUAAGAGCUUUGGAUCAAAACUUCGGAGUUAUGAGGGUCAAUUAAUAGCUAGUGUGAUCAGGUAGAAAUAUCGUACUAGGAGUCCAGAAAUUAGAUUGAAACUUCUUGUAAAGAGUUAUAACUGUGAGAAGUAACAUAGCUUGUUUUUCUGUUGUGGGUUUAGGUGAAUAUUCGUAUUGAUGUUAUUGUCCUAAUUGUCAUGGAACU